GUGUAGCUUGACGGCGGCUGUGAGAAGCCUGAGCGCGGCCGAGCAGGAGAGAGUGGCAGUGAAUGUCAGCGGCAGCGUUAUGCAUUAAAAAAAAAGAUAAACUAAGAUAAAAGAAAAGAAGACGAAGCCCUGCGGCAGUUCAAGACACCCUCCGCAGACUGUGGACUAUGAAAAACAAUAGACAGAGGCUGGUAAUUGUAGACUGUUUUGACGACAAGCGGCUUAUUGAACAUCUGUAGAGCAUAAUGAGGGCAUCCGCUAUUCUCUACGCUGUUUUUUUCUCGGAGGUUUAGUUAGACGCAGAGUGACACUAUUUAUAAAUACGACGUCGCUUUGAGGCAUUUUUUCAAGGAAUACGCACACCGAGAGCAGAGACGGAGCUGAAUUUUUAUUGCAUUCCCUCCUCCCAUGUCCCUUGGGGACAGUGAAGUCAUUUGAGAAGUCACCGGAGAAGGAGAGACACGUCUUUGUCAUUUCGAUACUUAAAUAUAGUUUUGUGAGGGAGAGAAAAAAGGAAAUCGCCUUUUCCAUCGGUGUGUGCUCACACUGCCCGCUGCUCCUGCUGCUGCUUUUUCAUGGUUCUGGCUUUCUGAGCGUCUAUUGCCAAGCUCUUCUUCUGGGCAUUUCCCCGCUGAAGGAUGCCGGAUCAAAUAUCGGUGUCCGAGUUUCUCUCGGAGACAACAGAGGAUUACAAUUCCCCGACCACGUCCAGCUUCACCACCCGCCUGCAGAGCUGCAGGAACACCGUCAAUGUGCUGGAGGAGGCGUUGGACCAGGACCGAACCUCCUUGCAGAAGGUGAAGAAAUCAGUCAAGGCUAUCUACAGUUCAGGACAAGACCAUGUCCAGAACGAAGAAAACUACGCUCAGGCUCUGGACAAGUUUGGCAGCAACUUCAUCAGCCGGGACAACCCUGACCUGGGAACAGCCUUCGUCAAGUUCUCCUCCCUCACCAAGGAGCUGUCUGCCCUGCUCAAGAACCUGCUCCAGAGCCUCAGCCAUAAUGUGAUCUUCACCCUGGACUCGCUGCUGAAGGGUGAUCUGAAAGGCGUGAAAGGGGACAUAAAGAAGCCUUUUGACAAAGCGUGGAAGGACUAUGAAGCCAAGUUUACAAAGAUAGAGAAGGAGAAGCGAGAGCACGCCAAGCAGCACGGGAUGAUCCGCACCGAGAUCACCGGAGCGGAGAUCGCCGAGGAGAUGGAGAAGGAGCGCCGCCUCUUCCAGCUCCAGAUGUGCGAGUACCUGAUCAAAGUCAAUGAGAUCAAGACCAAGAAAGGAGUGGACCUCCUGCAGAACCUGAUUAAGUAUUACCACGCACAAUGCAAUUUCUUCCAAGAUGGCUUGAAGACAGCGGAUAAGCUCAAGCAGUACAUCGAGAAGCUGGCAGCUGAUCUCUACAAUAUCAAACAAACUCAGGAUGAGGAGAAGAAGCAGCUGACCGCCCUCCGGGAUCUGAUCAAGUCCUCCCUCCAGCUGGACCAGAAGGAGUCUAGAAGAGACUCGCAGAGUAAGCAGGGUGGCUACAGCAUGCACCAGCUGCAGGGAAACAAGGAGUUUGGCAGUGAGAAGAAAGGCUAUCUAAUGAAGAAGAGUGACGGGCUGAGGAAGGUGUGGCAGAGGAGGCAGUGUUCAGUGAAGGGUGGCAUCCUCACCAUUUCUCAUGCCACGUCCAACAGGCAGCCCGUUAAACUGAACCUGCUCACCUGCCAGGUCAAGCCCAGCACCGAGGACAGAAAGUGCUUCGAUCUCAUUUCUCAUAAUCGGACAUAUCAUUUCCAAGCUGAGGACGAACAAGAGUUUGUCAUCUGGAUCUCCGUGCUGACCAACAGUAAGGAGGAGGCGCUGAACAUGGCGUUUCGAGGCGAGCAGAGCACCGGAGGCGAGGACGGCCUGGAGGACCUGACCAAAGCCAUCAUCGAAGACGUGCUGCGCAUGCCCGGCAACGAAGUGUGCUGCGACUGCGGAGCUGCAGACCCCAAGUGGCUGUCCACCAACCUGGGUAUUCUGACCUGCAUCGAGUGCUCCGGCAUUCACAGGGAGAUGGGGGUCCACAUUUCUCGCAUCCAGUCCAUGGAGCUAGACAAACUAGGCACCUCUGAGCUCUUGUUGGCCAAGAAUGUAGGGAACAGUAGUUUCAAUGAGAUCAUGGAGGGGAACCUCCCUUCCCCUUCACCAAAGCCCACUCCCUCCAGUGACAUGACCGCACGGAAGGAGUUUAUCAACGCUAAGUACGUGGAUCACAAGUUUGCGAGGAAGACGUGUGCAUCAGCGGCAGCUAAGAUGAUCGAGCUGUGUGAGGCGGUCCAGUCCAGAGACCUGCUGGCUCUCAUCCAGGUCUAUGCAGAGGGGGUGGAGCUUAUGGAGCCCCUCCCAGAGGCAGGGCCGGAAGCCGGGGAGACAGCAUUGCACUACUCUGUACGUACUGCUGACCAGACCUCACUGCACUUGGUGGAUUUCCUCGUGCAGAACAGCGGUAACCUGGAUAAGCAGACGGAGUGGGGGAACACAGCCCUGCAUUACUGCUGCAUGUACGAGAAGCAUGAGUGCCUCAAGCUACUGCUGAGGGGCAAGCCGGCUACUGACAUCACCAAUCAGAAUGGAGAGACGGCACUGGAUGUUGCCAGGCGACUGAGGAACACUCAGUGCGAGGAGGCACUCGUGCAGGCUGCAGAGGGGAAAUUCAACCCUCACAUCCAUGUGGAGUACGAGUGGAGCCUCAGACUGGAGGAGAUGGAUGAGAGUGACGACGAUCUCGAUGACAAGCCGAGUCCCAUCAAGAAGGACCGCUCCCCGCGGCCUCAGAGCUUCUGCCACUCCUCCAGCCUCUCCCCGCAUGACAAGCUGUCCCUGCCAGGCUUCAUCAGCCACAGGGACAAGCAGCAGCGCCUGUCCUACAGCGCCUUCACCAACCAGAUGUACAGCGUCUCCACCGACCUCACCUCCUCCCCCGUGGCCGACGGACCCCCGCUGCCACCCAGGAACCAGGGCAAAGCUCCACACUUGGCAUUCCUUGGCUCUCACUCGCACUACGCCACACUGGCUGGCUCUCGACCAUACAUCACUCCUCCCUCAUCCGGCCCUCCCUCUACACUCACCCCAGGAGGCAGCUCCACCCUGUCCAAGAAGAGACCUCCGCCCCCCCCUCCUGGACACAAACGCACCCUGUCUGACCCACCCAGCCCGCUCUCUCACAGUCCACACAAUAAAGGGGGCUUGACUGGGGGAAGUGACUCCACCCCGCCUCCCAUCAGCAAGAUGUCUCCUGUAUCUAACAAGUUUGAAGGCAUUCCACAGCAGCAAAGCACUACUUCGAGCAACACAAAAUCAACACUUGGUCCAAGGGUUCUUCCCAAACUACCUCAGAAAGUGGCAUUGCGGAAGAUUGACACCAUACACCACCCGUCUAUGGAUAAACCCAGCCUUCCUCCAGAGGUCUUCCAGAAGUCCCCACCGGGAUCUGAAACCCCACAUAAGGCUCCUGUGCUGGACAGGCCUCAGCUAGGGGACCUGCCCCCCAAGCCUCAGCCCUCUGACUUGCCUCCUAAGCCUGGAGAACUUCCUCCUAAGCCGCAGCUCUCUGACCUCCCUCCUAAACCUCAGCUGGGAGACCUACCGCCCAAACCGCAGCUCAAAGACCUCCCUCCCAAGCCACAUCUCGCAGACAUUCCCCCCAAACCUGCAGCGACCCCCCAAACAGCUGAGUCCGGUCCCAGGCCGCCUCCUGGAGAACCUUCUCCAAAACCUCAGCCUCAGCCGCAGCCUCAGCCUCAGCCACAGCCUCAAGAUUCACCAUCGCCCAAUCAGCAAGCAGACGUGGCAACCCCCUCACAACAGCCCACCGAGGACACCAACGGGAGCCCAGCAGGAACUGCAGAGACGCCUGUGCCCCUCCCGAGGAAGAUCAACACGGGGAAGAGUAAAGCCCGCCGGGUGAAGACGAUCUAUGACUGCCAGGCUGACAAUGAUGACGAACUGACAUUCGUCGAAGGAGAGGUGAUCAUAGUCACCGGAGAAGAAGACCAGGAGUGGUGGAUCGGGCAUAUUGAAGGACACCCGGAGAGAAAAGGGGUGUUCCCCAUGUCUUUUGUGCACAUCUUGAGUGACUGACAGCCAGAAAGACUUGCACUAAGCCUCUCCCUCAAUCGAGGGGUCUUGUAAAUAGCUACCGUAACACCCCCUGUCACAAGACAAGUGUUCUGAAGAAAAACAACGAAGAAACAACCAAGAAGACUCAUCUAGCCAUGGAUGCCACAUCCAUGCUGUACAAAGAAUGUGUGUAUUCUUCCUCUACCAGUAUUAUCUUAACCCUAUAGCACGGCUAUUACAAAGCCACUCUCAAAACCCUAGCACUUACCUAAAAGUCUAUGUUUAUGCUGUUACUGUGUAUAUAUGUAUGUAAAUAUAUAUAUUUGUGUGUGAGUGUAUAUACAUGUUUUAUUGUACAAAACAUGUACAAGUAACAUUGCUCUCUACCUGUCAAAUAAGCAUCAGGGCAGUGGAGUUUGAAUUUUAUCUGUAUUAAUUUUACUGGCCCUCAAGUAAUUAUCAGCUUAUAUUUCUGGAAAAAGGACAAAUAGGAAAUGGAAUGUGAAAUAGGUCAUGUCACUAUUUGUGUCUUGCAUCCCUGUUUACCACCAUAACUGACUGAAGAGGCAGAAGAGUCUCCCACUGAUCUUCCCGAGGAAAAAAAAAAAAAAUUCAUUAAAUGUACUCCUUGUUCUUGCUUGCUUUGUGUGUACACGUAUUAUGGUUGUUUUACAGUAUAAAAAAAAAAAACUGCUGCUACUGUGUGGUGGAAUAUCAAAGCCUGUGGUUCACUGUAGGUCACUAAUUUACUCCUUGUUACACUGUUCACUUUAUGUAUGCUCUGUGUGUGAACUUAACGUCAUCUCCACAGUCCUUUGACCUUUCUGUGCAUGGUGUAACAAUGACUGGAAUUGAGCGGAGUGCUGCGUUCAAGACGCUCACCUCAGGGUUUGAAGAGCCACUAUUAAGCAGGACUACAAAAAGGUAUCCUGUUGUUAAAGCCACUAUUAUUCACAUGUAGAGGGGGGAAGCUCAAGACAGAGGACAUCUUAGCAAUAACUUGAAUGAUCCGACAGCCUAGAAACAUUUCACAACCUGUGUUCAAACAAACUCUGAACUGUCUUGUUUCACAUAAUGGGUUUAUGGAUUUCAUGAGCUUGAAUUUUGUUUUAAUUUUAAGAUUUAGUGUCAUGCAACAGUCAACCGUGUUAUACUGGAUUCAGUAGAAUUCCCCAUUUGCCAGUGAACCAGGAUUGUCUUUAAAUGCAGGGUGGACUUGGUAAAAAAGAUGGAGAGCUGAUGUAACUUCACCCAGUAAUCUCACUCUUCACCAACUGCAGUUCUUCCCAUGUAAAGGAACAAACCCAUCAAUCCAUUGUAUCAUUAAAAGUGCUGUAUUUAAACCUUGA